AUGAAUUUGCAUGGCCGAAAUUAUUUGGUCAUAACAUGUGAGGGAUGUAAAGUGUUUUUUAGACGAAAUGCACUCAAACUACAAACAUUUAUGUGUCCGUCUAAUGGGAGGUGCGAUAUAACGGUUAAAACGAGACAAUUAUGCAAAAAAUGCAGACUUGAAAAGUGUUUGGCCAACGGAAUGAACAAGGAACUGGCAAUAGUGCCGGUGUUUAAAGAGAUAACCGAUUAUAACAGUCUGAAUGCGUUGGAGUCGAGCCGUGUGUCGGAGCUGAUAGAGGCGUGUAAUGAUCAAGAGAGCUCAGCAAUAUUCGAUCUAGAUUCUUUUAAAUUGGAUAAACUACAUGCAAUUAUACUCUUUGAUCCAAAAAGACCUAAUUUAAUACACAAGGAGCCCGUUAAACUCGAACAACAACUGUAUAUAUAUUUACUGCAAAGAUAUUUACUAUUGAAAUACCGCUCGGAAUCGGAGUCAAAACUACAAGAAUUGAUGUUUUUGAUGAAAGACUUGAAUGUAUUGCGAGAAAUACAGUAUACGUACGGAAUACAGGAAUUCAUGCCUUAUUCUCAUUAUAUCGGACCUCUCAUUAAAGAGAUAUUUAUCUGUCCGGCAAAUAGCCAGUGCGUUAUAAACAAAUCAACCAGGGCAAUUUGCAAAUUAUGCCGACUCAAUAAGUGCUAUGCAGCCGGAAUGAGAAAGGUGGAGUCCAUAAGAAGUAAUGAAGAAAAUAAAAUCCGAAAACAAAUGCUUGAAUUAAAUAUCUUAAAACACAAACCCAAUGGAUAUAAUAGUGUGGUCUCAUCGCCGGUGUCUACGGCUACAGACGUGUCCACACAUUCACAGCAAUUCAUUGAAUGCCACGACUUUUUGACUGAAAUUAUUGGUAAAACAGUAAACAUUAGCGACGAAGAGCUGACACAACAGAUAUCGGAAAUUGAUAUUAAAUUAUCAUUGAAUGAAAACAAAGUAAAGACAACUGAAUUGAAUUCAGUGCCAGAACUGGCAGUUAUGCCUAUCAUUAGACCACUCCAUAACCCAAACGACUGGAACUGUUUGGAGACCAACAGAAUAGCAGAGCUGUUGAGCGCAACCAAAAUAUUUGAAUAUAAAUUGUCCGCAAAUAUGGUGUCUGUGAAUGACUUUAAAGAUAUGAUUUGUAAAUACAACAUAAAAUUUAAAGACUUGGUCGCAGAUAUCGUACAGUUUGCUAAAUGUCUGAAUGGAUUCUUGACGAGGAUCUGUUCCGAUGACCAGAUGGUACUCCUCAAGAGUGUUAACAGCGAUUAUACUCUUCAACCCUAA